ACGCCCGCCAAGAUAGGAGAAAGUUUGGAAGGCCGGUUCAACCUGGUGGGGAAUUCCUCUCCCCCGCACACUUUCCAACACAGGGCUGCGGGGCGGGCCACAGCCUGUGGGGCGUGAUUCAGUCUCCUGGGCUCCGCACAGGCACGCUCCGCCCCGUCCGGGGUCGGGAGGACACUCACUCUACAUAAAGCAGGCACCCAUCACAUCGGCACCCAAGCUUCCUUGGAGGCUGGACUCCGUGCACCUUCUUCUCGCCGGCACAUUCCAGGAACGCCUCGCCCCGAGGGCCACUCAAACUGGACAGCAUGGACUCUACUGGCCCCCUUGGGGUGUUGCUUCUGCAACUGCUGCUGAUGGGGACCGCGCUGGGCAACGGAGCUCAGAAGGUGCCAGGUUCUCCUUAUGAUCCUUCAGUAGGAAACAAUGCAGAGAUCUGCCUCCUGCCCCUUGACGAGGGGCACUGUCGGGCCCGGAUCCCCAGUUAUUACUAUGACAGGUACACGCAGAGCUGCCGCCUUUUCUUCUAUGGGGGCUGCGGGGGCAACGCCAACAAUUUCGAAACUUUGGAGGACUGCAAUGAAGCUUGCUGGAGGAUAGAGAAAGUUCCCAAAAUUUGCAGGUUGGAAGUCAGUGAGGGGCAGUGUGGAGUGCGCACAGGAGAGUACUUCUUCAAUUUAAGUUCCAUGACAUGUGAAGAAUUCGUAUCUGGCGGGUGUCACAACAAUAAGAACAGGUUCCCGGACAAGGAUACUUGCAUGGGCUUCUGUGCACCAAAGAAAAGACCGUCAUAUUGCUACAGUCCCAAAGAUGAGGGACUAUGCUCUGCUAAGGUGACUCGCUAUUACUUUAAUCCAAGACACACAGCCUGUGAGGCCUUCAACUAUACUGGCUGUGGAGGGAAUGAUAAUAACUUUCAUAACUUGGGGGACUGCACACGUGUUUGUGUAAAAGGUUCGAGGAAUGAAAAGAAUAUGCAGCUGCUGAAGACGGUCUUUCCUCGUAGAAGGCUGAAAACUUACAAGAACUAAUUUUAACCUUUUUCCCGAUGUGUCAUCUUGUGGAUGCUAUCGCCUCUAUGGUUAUAUCUGAAGAAUAUAAUGGUGAUACGGGGAAAUGAAUCAUUAAUGAUAUAUACACCAGUUCUUAUUGCUACAGGUUACUUUUUUGUGUAUUUUUACACAUAACUAGCUGCUAUUCAAAUGUGAACCUAUUAUUUUUAAUUUACUGUUCACCUAUAUUUUAAUGUAGUUGAAUUCUUGCUGUGCAUAAGAUAUAAAAGCAAAUAUGACUCAUCCA